UCUAUUCUCUAUGUACACGAGUGGCCAUUUUUCUGAAAAAGUGGGAAGUGGGGAAGGGAAAAAAAGGUGAAUACAAUACAUGUCAAAUAUUUCAAGGCUGCCGUGUGAUGAUUUCAAUUUUUAUAAACGUGAUUAAGAUUGAAACAAAUAAACCGUUCUGACAUUCCGCUGGACAGUGUGUCCUUUCCGUUUUUUUAAUGAUAAGUUCUCACGAGUGCAGAUCGACCGCCAAAGAUCAUAACAAAGGUUGGUCAGUCGGAUACUAAGAUGGGUUAUUAUUGUACUGUGCCACAAUGUACAUCGCUUGCCGGCAAGACGAAGAACGUGAAGUUCCAUCGUUUUCCCCGUGAUGUGCUAAUGGCAGACAAGUGGAAUUUGAUAUUGAAACGCGGCAAACCUUACACGAAGUACUCGAAAGUUUGCAGUCUCCACUUCACUCAGGCCGACUACAACGUCACAACAAUGGGUAAGAAUAAAGGACAAUGGAAGACGUUAUCAAAAGACGCAGUACCGUCACAGAAUCUGCCGAAAUUGAACCCCGAUGGCACAGUAAUGGUGAUUAGGAAGAGUCGCACGGUCAAAUACAAGGAGAGCAAGAAAGAUGAUAUCAUCGGUGACAAAGUUGACAAAUGGUCAAGUAUCAGUCAAACAACAUUACCGCUGACAACGGACGUCUUAACAACAGAACAACAAGACAACAAUUUAGCGUACCGUCUACAAGCGUUGAACUCGAUCGCAAACAACAUAACCCCACAGAACAUACAACAGGAUCAAAUGACCCAAAUCAAACCAAAAAAACAAGACGCAAUAAUGCAAACAGACCCAAUACUGUCAGAGGAAGAUGAUAAUCCGCAAACUUACAGCGAUACAGAGAAAUCGAUAAAUCCAGAAAUUGACUACAAUCAGUUUAAAGAUUCGUAUAAUUCCGAUUUAAAUAAAUAUGACGUGCCAAAGGACUUCUCAAAGUUAUCCGACGAUUAUAUCCCACAAACAAACGAGGAAUACAACAAGGAGGCGGAGAAAUACGCCCUGGAAAGGAAAUCCCAUCCCAAUUACGACAAAAUGGAAUACCAGAAGCCGAUUCUGGAAAACGGUUUUCAAAAAAUACAGGAAGUAUAUGGAUAUGAAAAGGAUUACCAGGCUAGACAGGAUUUAGUCUACCAGAAUACGUAUCAAGAUAGUGUUGAGAUACUAAGGAACCAACAGCAUAAUUUGCAGAUAUUACAAGAACAGCACAGGAUUAAUGAGAAUCAGAAUUUCUUUAACGAAAAUCACAUAAAGCAGGAAAUUGAUUUCAAUAAUGAAGAAGAGAAAUUUUUGUAUGAUCGGAAUAAAGAACAGAUUGAUCAAAACGCAAUGUACGAUAGUCAGAGGAGGGCAAUAGAACAGCAGAGGAUCUUAGAACAAAUACAGCAACAAGUUAAACAGGAACCGGACACUUCGAGUGGUUGUGAGAAUGUCAUGCAACCCCAGAGCAGUCCAUAUUACCAGGCUAAUAAUGUUACAGCAACCAGUGCAGAGGGCAGUGCGAGGCCGGGUCCCGAGCUACUGAUCGCCAAGCAAAAUGCUUUAGCCGCACACACGCAGCUCUGGCAAAAUACAAUGAAGCGGCCAUUUUUCUACAGUGAGAGCCCGCAUUAUAAUUCUUCCCAGCUUCUGCACAGAUAUGAGGAUUUAAGCAGAAUCCUACAGUGAUGAGAGACAUUCCAAAGUUGAAGAGAAUAUUAUAAUAAUUAAAUAUAAAAUAUUAUUAUAAACAAAUGAAAAUAAUUAUUUUCUAAGCGACGAUAAUCUCUCGUUUCUUUUAAGAGAAAGUGUUUAUUUUAUAUUUUUUUAAUAUAUUAUAUAUAUUAUGUAUUUUGUAAA